AUGUCAGACGUGGAACCGACUCCACAGAUUGGCCCACAGCCAGCCGAAGCUGGCCACGGGCAUGAGGAGGGUGCUGGAAACAGCCACGAUUCCUCUGGUUAUUAUGGAGGUUCAUACGGUGGAAGAAGUGCUCCUUACAAGAAAACUCUUUGCAGACACUGGCAGGCGGGAAACUGCCGCAACGGCCACAGAUGCACCUUCAGUCAUGGCAUUGAAGAUCUCAAAGGCACACGCGGCAUUCUGUGCCGGUUCUUCGUGAGGGGGGUUUGUAAACAUGGCGCAAAUUGCCCAUACAUGCAUCCGAGCGGCAGCAGGAUGGCCUUCCCGUCGGAAGUUGGGCCAUCGCCGUACUACUCCGUUACGGGGUCGGGUCCACAGUACCCGCAGCCUCCCACGGGUUACAAGACGGAUCUCUGCGUCAACCGAAGCGGACAGUGCAGCGCAGGCGUUUACUGCGGAUUCGCGCACUCUGUUGACGAACUGCUGCCCGGCAAGUUUUCGGUAGAGGAGAUCGCGGCACUUCGACAGGCUGCAACGGCGAACAGCUCGCAGUCUGUCUCGCCAUAUGGACAGUACUACGCAGUGGCAGUGCGCGAUGGCGGGGCGUAUGGACCCAGCGGCACUUCCUCGAUCGUUGCGAGUGCAGCGCCCAGUACUGUCGUUUCCGGCCGUUCCGCAGAGCAGCCAAAUCCGUACGGCGGCUACCCCUCGAGCUACCCCGCAAGUUACUCGGCUCCGUCGCAGCAGGUCCAGGUGUCGACUGUUACUAGCGCAACCGGCGCAAGACAUACAGACUUGUACUUCCCCGCAGCUGGCUCGACUGCAGCCUCGCCCAGUUCGGCCGCAUACCACAUGCAGCAUCCGGGCGCAGUGAGCUCCGACCCUGUCUCAACCCGCCCCGUGAUGCUUCCCAUCAGCAGAAAGCUGUGCAACUUCUGGCCGCACAGCUGCCGUAAAGGCGAUGCUUGCCCGUUCGUCCAUGAGGCGUCUCUCGUGCAUCCGGGGGUUACGGGUGCUGAUGAUCUGAAUGGCGGCGCGCGAAGCUACCCUGGUUACUCUCCGUACGGCCGCGAAUACGGUUAUGGCAGGGGCAGACCUCGUUCGCGAUCUCCAGAUCGCGGAGGACUCGGGCCUUUCAGGGGUAGGGAAUGCCGUUUCUUUCUUCAGGGGAGAUGCAUUCGGGGCGACGCGUGCCCGUUCCGCCAUAGUCGGGAGCAAGCUGAAGGGCCGGCUGGAGGGUCGAAAUCGCCGCGAAUCAUAAACGGUGUAACUACGGUGGAAUCCGCGCCACCUGCAGCAGGGCCCGACGGCGAGACAGGGUAUGCGCCAGUUGCAGAGGAAGGUGCGUGAGAAAGUGGGGAGCGCCAGACCUCUUGAAACGGCCACACGCGUUUCGUAGCAGCUCUGUAGAAAUUCCCCUAGUGGUGGAAGGAGUUUCGGGGCAGCAGGUAUGCCUAAGCCGGAGCACGGUGUCUCGAGGGCGACGCGUGGAGCGACGACUUCGAGAGUUGUUCAGCGCAACGACUGGUGAGCUGAGUGCAGGUGACAAAAGGCGAGUGAUGAAAAUGGGCAGGAGAGAGGCAAGAAUACCACAUACUAGCAAAGGACUGAACCGAAGGAGGAAGCGACGAAAAAGAGGGAAGAACCCAAAGGAAAGAUGUGAUUUCGAAGAAAAGAAGUCAGUGGCGGCACUGCCGACCCCCGGAGUGCAUGCGACAUGCAUUCUGAAGAAAUGGUGCAGGGAGGCGGAUACAGCCACACCAAGCUUGCGAGCAAAGCGAACAGCAGGAUGAAAAAGGAGAACACGAAAGCCGCAAGAACGGACGGAAAGCCAGACUAUGGAGAUGGAAAGGAAACUGAAGGUGAAAGACAGGAAGUGGAUGGGUGGCCGAAGAAGAAAGAGAAGCCUUCAGCUAGAAAGAAGAACGAGAAGACAUCCAAAAGAGACGCAAGAAAAUGCGAGAGACGAACGCUGAUUGUUCUCACCGGAGACGAAAGAGGAUUCGACUCGAAUGAAGAACAAGAAGAAAUUUAACAGCGAACAGCAGGACACAGUGCAGGCCGAAACGCGGAAAAACAAGGAAUUUCGAGAGAACGGGCGUCCAACUUCCUACCACUUUCACCCUAGGAUCACAUGUGUGACAAAGAAUCGCGUAUUUCAUCAGAGGUCGUACCUGACGUUAGUGCAUCGAUGGUAGGGGCUACUGAGGAAGCAGAGCAGAGUGCAAAUUGUUUUUCCACUCGCUUUCGUUCUGCUUGUAGCCAUGUGCGAGAUGUGUGACUGGAACUGAAGCUGCUGUUUUGCUGGUGUGGAUUCACUGUAUGAUGUGGCAAAGGAGGUUAGUGGUACUCACUUCACUUCACUUCGCUCUUUCGACGGCCGAUGGUUGAGGUGAUGUGUAGAAUGAGAUCAGGUGUUUGCCACGAACACAGAAAGAACGUGGUUGAGGGGGCAUGUUGGUUUUUUUUU